UGGGCGGCGAGUGCUGGGGGAGCUCGCGAGUCACCCCCGAGGGCCCUGACCGGCAAGCACGCUGCUUGGGGCCCUUCGGCCAAGGACCCGCGUCCCUCUCCCCAGCGUCGCCAUGUCCUCGGUGUUCGGGAAACCCCGCGCGGGCAGCGGGCCGCAGAGCGCGCCCCUCGAGGUCAACCUGGCCAUCCUGGGGCGCCGCGGAGCGGGCAAGUCCGCCCUGACCGUGAAGUUUCUAACCAGAAGGUUUAUCAGUGAAUAUGACCCCAACUUGGAGGACACCUACAGCUCUGAGGAGACUGUAGACCACCAGCCUGUGCACCUGAGAGUCAUGGACACUGCGGACCUGGACACCCCCAGGAACUGUGAGCGCUAUUUGAACUGGGCCCAUGCCUUCCUGGUGGUAUACAGCGUCGACAGCCGCCAGAGCUUCGAGGGCAGCAGCAGCUACCUGGAGCUGCUCGCUUUGCACGCCAAGGAGACACAGCGCAGCUACCCCACUCUCCUGCUGGGCAACAAGCUGGACAUGGCCCAGUACAGGCAGGUCACGAAGGCAGAGGGCGCAGCCUUGGCGGGCAGGUUCGGGUGCCUGUUUUUCGAGGUCUCUGCAUGCCUGGACUUUGAGCACGUGCAACACGUCUUCCAUGAGGCGGUGCGGGAGGCACGGCGGGAGCUGGAGAAGAACUCCCUGGCCCGGCCACUCUUCAUCUCCGAGGAGAGGGCCCUGCCCCACCAGGCCCCACUCACUGCUCGUCACGGGCUGGCCAGCUGCACGUUCAACACACUUUCCACCGUCAGCCUGAAAGAGAUGCCUGCCGUGGCCCAGGCCAAGUUGGUCACUGUGAAGUCAUCCCGGGCCCAGAGUAAGCGCAAGGCACCCACCCUGACCCUACUGAAGGGCUUCAAGAUCUUCUGAGGACCCCUGAGGAUCCUAGGCUCAGAGGCUGUGCAGGGCUGCAGGAUGGUGGCUGACUUCUGGCCACCGGCUUUCCCUCUGAUGGAACAAUAGCCUGCGCCCUCUGGUGGACAGCUGACCUCUGCUCCAGCGCCAAGCAGUGUCCCUGACACCCAGUUCAAUGUGUGAGCCAGAGGAACAGGCAAGAAUGCUGCUCCUAUUCCAUCCAGAGCCUUGGUUUCCAUGGUAACCAUUGCAUUCCCUGACAUUGAAGGAAAACAGCCACUGGGAUAACCCAGACACCUGGGAUCAGCCUUAAGCAGGAGGAAAUAGCAUCUAUUGUGAUAUUACCCCUCCCUGCUCCAGCUACAGCCAAGCCAGAUGUGGCCCCUAGUGGACAGCUCCAGGAGGCCUGGCCUAAGUGUUGGCCUGGGAACAUCCUGCAGGAAGGACAGCCCCAAGGUCCUCGAGCCACCUGGUGGACGGAAGGGCAGGAUGGGUGCAGGUUUUGGAGGGCCAGAGUCUGGCCCUCCCAUUGUCUUCUGAUCUCACAGAAGCCCCAGGCAGCAAACCCCCCAGUUUAUCCAAAUAAUAUCUAGUUUAAGCCUACAGGACAUCCUAUAAGAAGCAAAGUCGCAGGAGGGGCUAUUUCCAGUCUUGGAGGGAGGGGCUGUGGUUUCCAGUGUAGGGGGCCUCUAGAAUUGUUCAGCAGAAGGCAGGACCCCCUUAUUUUCCCACCUUAAAUUAAGGACUCCGUCCACAGUCAGGACCAGCCUCUUCAGUGUAACGGUCAAAGCUGCAGAACAAAGUCCUUCUCGCCAGUGACAGUGACUCAGGAUUCCAGGGAGCCCACAGCGGGCAGAUCAGACACCCAGGCACCAUUAGCCUGUCUUGGGUCCAUAGGUAGAAACAGUAUCCCAGUUUGAACCCUGGUUCAGCAGGACUCAGUAAUGGGUCUGAGUGUUUAAAGUCUUUGUACGAUAGAACCUAAAGCAUUUUGGUUCCUAAAGCAAAUUUUUGCAUAAAUUAUUUGGGGUUUCCCCCACAGCUUAUACGACAACACUGUGACUCAGACAUAGAUCAGGAUCCUCCCUCGGGAUCCCAUGGUUAGCAAGAGAAGGGUCUCAGAGGUAGGGCGUCCCCUAGGUUUCUAACUCUGUGUACCACGGGACCCCUGGCCCAGAGGAAGCCUUUCAUGGACCCUCAGCAGAUAAGCAGAUAGAGG